AUGACAGUUAAAACUGGUGAAAUGUCCCACACUGACCUUGGGAAACUGGCAAGGGCCGUGAUCCAUACCGUCGAUGAAGAUAGGCUAAACAAUCUAAUUAAAGACAAAGAUUUAUUUGACUUAAAAACAUGGGCAUCUGAUAUCCAGUUCACACUCAAGUGGAUUAAUGCCGGACGCGUCGAGCAUGGGUAUGUUGCCAAGGCCCGUCGACUCUCUCGCAACCAAACAACAGCCCGUCAUAAGGAAAAAACAUUCACAUACCAGCUGGAAAAUACAAUCACUCCAGAACCCCCAAGUACCCCUGACUGGAGAGCUGUCUGUCAUAACCGUGUCAUGGACAUUGAAGGCACCUACUCAGUGCUCAAUAGCUCAGACCAACAACAGCGUGGUGCGCGCUCACUCAGAUAUUACACGGCAAAGGCGCUGGCGCCGUACCCGGAAAAUAUUAAGCCUGCUAUGCUGAGUUCAUGUGCAUGGAAAGAAGGCUGGAUGCAUGUUUGGACAGGGUGUCAAAAACGUGGCGAGGAUUCGUACAAUGUUUUUAAAAUGUUUGCCGACGAGUUUGCACAUGAGCCGGAUUUUUCUUGCCACGAAGAUCAAAUCUAUGGCGGCUUGUUUUUGAGCAAGUUUGAAAUUACUCAAUUUAAUGAUCUAUCUGUUUACGCAUCCAAGGCCCGCUUGGAAACAUAUGGUGGGGUCCGCAGAUUUUAUCUUCAAAAUCGACUAAUAAAAACCUGUAAACGACACCGCUUUGAAUUCCUACCUCAUGAUACCAACAUUUUUUCCCUUUCCAAAUCACUUUCUUCACAAAAAUUUGAUUUCAUUACUUUGCUCGACCUUUCCGGUAAACACUUUAACAGAUCAUGUUACCUUCAGAUUAUUACACUUCCACAUCUUAUCGGCCUCGAUGUGACAGCGUGUCAGAUUGAUCGUAAUAUAUUGUUUUGCUGGAUGCUUGCUAUUCGCAACGGUCUUUGGAAAAGUUUACGCCUACUUUGUAUUGGUCAAAAUGACAUUUCCGGCGUCAUUAGUCUACUAGUUAUGUGUCCCACUUUAACUUACAUUGAGUCUGACCAAAAUAUUGACGUCAUUACAGAAACAAGGGGCCAGUGGGAGCGCCGACAUAAGCUCUAUGACACAGUGGCCCGUGCAUAUGGCCGCGGAAACGUCAACAAACCAAAUGCCCCUCGGUUUUCACGCAGUUUGUUUCCACGACACUUUGGCAUUGGCCAAAAGUAUGCAAUGUUGAAGCAGCUAUAUGCCGACUUUAAAAAAUACCCACCGUUGAGCUCUGGUAACAAUGUGCCACUAAUUGUGAACCCUGAGUUUUCGGUCAAGCAGGUUCAGAAUGAAAAACAUAUUAUCCAGGAGUUUGAAAUUGGUAAACCACCGCAAAAACAAACACUAGUGCAGAAAAACUUUGAUCCUAUUAUGGAUCUGUGGGUGGAUGAAAGCUCCGGUGCUAAUUAUCAAAUGAAUUCUUCUUAUAUACAAGAGUUCUUCCGACGGAGACACUCUUCAAGGGUUUUGGACUUAGAAAGAAGACCCAGUCCUUAA